AUGGCAAAAUUGGUGAAACUGUUGGGUUCUGGCAUUGGACUGACCUCCGAAGCCAUCCACGCUGCUCGCUCGCGGUCGCGCUCCGACCAGCCAUCUUCUUCGGCUAGUGCUAGCAACGCCGCUCCCCCCGAGUAUGUCGAGGUUACUGAUGAUACCGCCGAGGAGCUUGUCCGCAGUGGGCAGGCUGAGCAGGUGGUCAACGCGGGCGAUGAGAAGAAGUCUCCGUCCAAGGCAGCUGAAGCGGAGGGCUAUGACUCGGAAGGCGAUAGCUCAGAAUCCGAGGAACUCGAGGCGCUCGGCCAGGAUGAAGCUGCAUGGGAACUGGAUGACAUGGCCGAGCGUGUGAGACUGCCCACGUACGACGAGUCUGAAGCUGCUGCGGCGGCAGAACCAGAGGAUGUGAAGGUCAAGAAGGAGGAGGGCAUGGUGCGCGAGCUUGUUCGAAAAGCAGGAGCCCUUCCACAUCCACCGCGGGGUAUCCCCUGUCCCGUCAUCAUCCCUCAGCGCCGCCCGAGAAACAAAGACCGCGGCUUUGUGCGUGCAUAUGCUCCUGUGCUUACUGAUUGUGGUAUUGGCCAGGAUGUCUUCUUGCAGUUCCUAGACAAUUGGGACAGGGCUAGCAAGGCAUCUCCAUGGAUUGACGUUGUCUUCGUGGCUGCUGGCAUUGUUGGCUUCGUCCCCGAAGUCACCGCGCAGAUUGUCAGCACCGUGGUGCAAGUGGUGGCAGGCACAGCACGGGAAUUACAAUCCCGCUCUCGCCGCAAUACCUUCCUCGACCGCGUCAACCAGGACUUACUUAUGCCGCGCGGGCUGUACGCCAUGAUCAUGGCAUUUAAAGAUGAAGUUCCUGGCCAACAGAGCGGGCCUCUAUACCGACUGUCCAGCUCGAUAGGAAAGACACUAUUCGCAAGCGAGAAACUUGACAUCAACCAGACGGUCGCCAAGUAUAGCAACCCGGAUGCAGACAUGUCCAAGCUGAAAAAGGGCUUGAAGGAUAUACGAUUGACGAGCGGUCAAACUCGUGGUCAGAUUGAGCUUCCCGAAGCUGCGGAGCUGGUCUAUCCUGAUCUUGACCGGGUCGCGCACGAAGCAUUAGAAGGUAAAGGCAAAGGAAAGGAGUCUGGCACUCGUGAUAAGUUCAAGAACGCUGGUGCUUGGGUCCAAGACUACCUAGACCGACGUGGCCAAGCUUUCUACGAAGCUGAACACCAAGGAUCCUCCUUGGCUGUCCCUUCGGCAGAAAGGAAAUCGAUGGCCUCGCGCUACAAUGACCCCAAUCACCCCGCGAACAGCGGCUCAUUGAUCUCGCUUCUCACUGGUGGUGCUGUCAACCCAGCAGCACGAAGACAAGCCAAGCGAGAGGCAAAGCGGGACCGUAAAGAUACCAAGCGUGAGCGCAAAGACGCUAGGCGUGUGGCUCGUGGCCGCCCGCCCCGUGGCCCUAGAAAGGUCAAACGGAAGGGUCAGCGAAAGACUAUCAUCAAGAAGAUCAUGCAGCAGGACGUGCUGUAUCUUCUCAUUGUUAACCUUCCCAGUCAAGAUGAAGUUCAGCAGUCUGUUACACAGUUGGAACAAAUGAUGGCUCAGACUGGGGCACGGUAG